UUCUAAACAGUUUACCAACAGCGUUAAAUUUGAUCUGUUAAAUUGAAAUUUCACCCAAGCGAUAUAUAUUAAUUUCCUUCCUUGAACAUUUUUAUUUUCAUUAAACACCAGCAAUUAAAUCGAACACACUUUCACAUUCCACCAACAACAAUAUUAACAAAGCAUUUACAUUUUUAAAGUUUAGCCAGGAACAUUUUAUCUAACAUGGCUGGUGUAGUUCAUCCUGUUGUCAUUGAUAAUGGAUCACAUACAUGUACAGCUGGCUUUGGAGGUGAUUAUGAACCAAAAAUUGUCAUUCCUUCAGCAGUUGGUUAUCCUAUAUCUUCAGGUGGAGUGAUUGGAAAUGAACUCAAAGACUACUUCAACAAAAAGGACUUUGAUUACAAGAUUGAUCUUGAUUUGAAGUAUCCUAUUGAACGUGGUAUUAUUACCAACUGGGAUGAGAUGGAGAAGAUUUGGCAGUAUAUAUUCCAGAAGUUGGAAGUUGCACCUGAAGAAAGCUCUAUCGUGUUGACUGAGGCUAUUUGUAACUCCAAAGACAACAGAGAAGAAAUGGCCAAAAUUAUGUUUGAAAAGUUUAACGCUCGCACAUUAUGUAUUACUAAUCAGGCUUCAUUGUCAGUUUGUUCUUCUGGUUUUGCCACAGGUAUCUCUGUGAGUGUAGGUCAUGGUAUCACCCAAAUUGUCCCUGUCUAUAAAGGGUCAAUUAUACAAGAUGCUGCUGUCCAGUGGGAGUUUGGUGGUCAGGACAUGACAGAUUACCUUACGAGGAUGUUGAUUCAAUGUGGCUGUUCCUUUGACAGUCAUUCUCAAACGGAAACUGUCCGUAACAUCAAAGAGAAGUGCUGUUAUGUUGCUCCAGACUUUGAACAGGAAUUGCAGACUACAGCCUCUGAGAAAUAUAAAUUACCUAACAAAAAAGUCAUUACCAUUGGCAAAGAAAGACUCCGAACACCAGAAGUUAUGUUCCAGCCAAGUUUAAUUGGUGAUGAAUCUGAUGGCAUUCAUAAACGGAUUUAUAACUCAAUCUUGAAAUGUGACAAUGCUAUUAGGAAAGACAUGUUUGACAACAUUGUAUUGUCUGGUGGUUCAACAAUGUUCAAAGGUUUUGCUGAGCGUAUGUUAAAGGAAAUCAGAUCCAUCACAGCAGAGACCACAAAGAUUAAGGUCAUUCCUCCAACAGGAUGGUGGCCUGGAAAUGCAAAAUUUACUUCUCUGCUUACCUCUAAUGACAUGUCGAUUAACAAAGAAGAAUUUGAUGAACAAGGCCUAUAUAAUUUUCAUUAAAAAUAUAUGUAAUAUGUUUAAUGUGUCAUUAUCAGAUACACACACACACAUAUAUGUAUGUGUAUGUAUAUACAUAUACAUACAUACAUACAUACAUAUAUAGCAAGUCUCAUAGGCCAGUGUUAAUUGUUAACUACUAAACUUUCAGAUCCUCAGUGACAAUCACCAGGGGAUAUUAAGGAACACCUACUAGCCCUUUCAAUAUCAACCCACCUGAGACAACCCCCUGCUUCUAUGUUAAAAUGUUUCUAUUUUAAAGUGAGUUCCAUUAGAAACUUCCAUGUUAAUUUAUGUUCAAAACACCAGCAUCAUAACGACAAAGUUAUUUUACUAAAUACUUAUUUUGAAAAUUAAUUUUAACAAAACCAGUUUAUUUUAUCAAUUAAAAUUUAUUAAAUUCUUCCUUAUUUUCUAAAUUAACAGAAACAAACUUAAGUUGUUUCAAUAGAAGUAUGAUAUCAAAAGUGCUAAUAAUGACAAAGUUAUUUUAUGAAAUUCUUCAUUAUUUUUGUAUGUUAACAAAUGGUUUAAGUUAGUAUUCACGUAUUCUGUCUGCAAUAUUCCAAUCUGGAACCUAUUUAUAUUAUUAUUGGGUUGGUGCAUAAUUAUUGUGGCUUUUCUUCAACAAAUUUUCUUCAACAAAAACAAUAACAUGAAACAAAAACAUCUUUAAAUGAUUAUUCUGGAGCAUAUUCACCAUCUACUUCAAUUACUGCUUCCCAUUUGCUUGGUCAGACUAUCAUUUAAAGAUGUUUUUGUUAAAUAUUGUUAUAGCUUUUGUUCAAUAAAAUUUGUUGAAAAAAAGCCACAAUAAUUAUGCACCAACCCAAUAUCAGUUUGUUAUCAAUAAUGAUGUAAUGUUGCCCUAAACUGCCAUGUAACCAUAAAAUUUGACUAAAAAUUACUUUUUGUGUGA